UCGCCCUGAAGAAAAAAAGGCAACAAAUGAAAAGGGUGAAAUGGUGGCAGGAAACACGAAGCCUGAAACACCAGCAAAGUCCAGGGCAACAAGUACUGGCAGGGCUAAAAAGACACCGCCUGUAGCCCCGUCUGCUUCUCCCCCUGGCCCUGUGUGUGACCCAACACCUGUAUCUGCUGACCCACCCAAAUCUAUUCCCCCCAGCCCAAAGCAGAUGGCAAAGAAGAAGAAAAAGAAAAACGUGAUCGCCGAUGAAGAGAAAACAGAUGGGGUGCCGCCAGAGCCCAUGAGGGAAAAAAAGCAAAAGGAGACUAAGGAAAAGAAGAUGAAAGAGAAAGAUAAUGGGACAAUAGAACAUAAGGAAGAAGCAGACAAGAAUCAGAAGAAGAAAAGCAAAUACAAAGCGCAUGAUUCUGUUCAUGACCCUGUGAAGGAGAAGAAGAAGAAGAAAAAGGAGAUGAAAAAAACAGAGCCAGAAGGGAAGAAGAACACAACUGAUGAAGACAUCAGCACAGAUCGGAAAGUAAAGAAGAAGAAAAAUGAGACGCCUGAAAAAGUGGAUGAGUCGCUGGAAUUAUUGGAAGGAAAAACAACAAAAAAGAAAAAGGAUAAAGAGUUGAAAAAAAUUUCUGUCAAUACAGAGCCAUUACUUCCAUCCACACCAGAGACACCAGAUCAUCCAACAGAGAAGAAGAAAAAGAAAAGCAAAUUAAAGUCAGCUGAGGUGACCAAAACAGCUGCUAUUUCUGCCCAGGACUCAACGCCAACACAAAUCCUUUCAGCAUCCUCAAAUGAUACCUCAAAAAAGAAGAAAAAAUCGUCCAAACACAAGGAGCAGUGAGGAAGUGUGUUUCCUCAUCUCUGGAAAAUAAUACGAUUAUGUGAACAGGAUCAUCAUUUUCCCACUCGUCGUCAUACUGUAACAGCUGGAGAUGUGCUGACGUUCAAUACUGUAAAGAAAAAUGAACCUUUUUAUUUUUGCAUAUCUAUAAAACCUUUUGUCUUUUUUAAUUAUUUAUGGUGUUGUUUUUAACUGUAGGGUCAUAUACUGUAUUUCCAGUUUUUCCCGUUGAAUUUGACUCAUGCCAGGCAUUUUUAAACUGUUAUUGUAUGCUUUGCUUAUCAAUAUAGUGAUAACUGAUUGCUUCACGGAAGCAUGA